AUGGAGGCGCGGGCGAACAUGGAGCCCGCGCCUCAUGGCGCCGCCGUCGGCCGCAACCCUAGCCUCCGGGCGUUCCGAGAGCAGGAGAGGGAGGCGUUGUUCGGGGAGGGAGAGGGAGGCGCGGCUGGCGGGGGAGCCUGCGCUGGGCGCAGCCGUCUGCCGGACUUGGAGAAGGAGACGGAGGCGCUCGCCGAGGACGGAGAGAGGGGCACGGUGCCGGUCGGUGUGGAAGAGGGAGGUGCCUACCGGAGAGGGAUGCUGUGGGCGGAGAGGCCAGAGAGGGAGGUGCACUUAGGAAAGUUCAUGAUUGUGGUGGACAUGUUUUGA